CUUAAAAAUGUCAUACACGCAUUUUUCGUGAAAAAAAAAUGUUUCUCUUAUUUCUGUGAAUUCUAAAUAAGAAAAAGGCUACAUUGUUUAUAAGAAUUGUUUUAAAAAAAGAAAAAAAUGCAAAGAAUACGAAUAGUACCUGCUGCGAAGCUUUUGCAAAUGACACAUGUAAAUAAUAAUUUAUGUCAUGGGAGAAGUGAUUUUAUGAAGAAACUGACACCAACGUGUACUCUAGUUGUUUAUUCUAAUAGAAAUUUUUAUUCCUCGAAGCCGGUUACCACAUCGAAACCUCAGCCUCGACCUAAGCGUGUGACGUUUUUGGAAAGAUUUUUAAACAAAACCAGUUACUUCAAUCUAAAUAGAUUGAGAUUUGUUGGUUUAGCAAUUCUUUUAUAUGAAAAUGUCGUAGACGAGUUAGACUAUGACCAAUUUUAUAAAGAAUUCAAAAUGCCGGACACAUUUAAUUCGUGGUUUUUAGUUACGGAACUCCACGUAUGGUUAUUGAUGGUUCGUUGUAUGGCAGAAGGUGCUGAUGGUUUGAUUGUAAGAAAUCAAAUCGUGAAAUCGAUGUGGGAAGAUUGUACCCAUAGAGGAAAGCAACUUAGCACGAAAGAGAAUCAAGUGAUUUCAAAAAUUGUCAGGAAUCAAAUGACGGAACUUUCGGCUCAAUUUAAUUUUUAUGUUAUUUGCUACGAUGAAGGACUCACCGGUGAUGACAAAAUUCUCGCUUCCGCGGUUUGGCGAAGAUUUUUUAAUUCUGAGGGCAAUAAUCCGGAAAAAAUAGAAAAACUUGUUCACUACAUCAGAAAACAGAAUUCCUUGUUAGAAGAAUUAUCCUGGGAUGAAAUACGUAAGAAAAAAUCAAUUGCCUGGCAUGGUUUGGAUAUAAUAAAAUCCAAUUGAACGAAAAUAGUGAAAUUUAAAUCGUGUAGUGUGUUAUAUUUUUUGUGUAAAUAUAUAUAUAUAUAUAAUAUGAAUCUUUUGUAAAUAAUAAUAAUCUUGUAUUUGUAUUAAUACUGUGAAAAAUAAUUUUAUUAUAAAAAAAUCUUAGCUUAUAAAGCA